AUGGUAUUUCGAGCGCGCUAAUUUAUUGUUAAGAAUACAAAAAAUUUGCUAAGAAAGAUAAAAACCAAAUAAAAACUUGCUUCUGACUUGUCCGCCAUGUUGUUAAACAAAUCACCAUGGAAAUAACAAUAUUAUCCUGUUUAGCCGCUGCAUCCAUGCCGAUAGUGGCGCUGGCGCGAUUUCAUGAUGGCGACGGAUAUUAUUUAUAUCACGCGAAGAACGCGUUCGGCUUGCAGCAGUAUAAAUCUAAAGUAUUCCUACUGCAUUAUCAGGGGAUCAAAGUUUCUUAGGAAUAUAUGGAAAGCGUACAUUUAUGAAAAGAAUACCAUUUAAUGUGUCAAUUAUACGUCCUAUAGUGCUAACCAUGUUAUUCUAAACUCGUAAAACAAUGAAACGAGUAAUGAAUGUCAACUUUCCGAGUUUAACUUAUAAACAUUAGUAUCAGGAGUGGUUGAUUAUCGCAAUUCUGCGUUAUCUUCAUCAUGAAUUUUGCUGCUGCAGAGCCAAAGAAGCCAUUUUGCGUGUUAUUAUCCGUGAUAUAUAUUAAAUGAUCGUUGCCAUGACAACUAAAUGUAGCUUAACUUCAAGCCCUUGUCUAAACAAAUGUUAUAAUACUUGAACAGUAACAAUUGAAGGCUUCGUUGAUUUUUUAUAAAUUUUAAUAUAUAUUCUUGAAUUUACAAUCUUGGACCCAGGCAUUAAGUGGCAGUCCCGCUAAGAGCGGUCCGAUGACUUUGACUUCGGAAAAUAGAUUUCCUUUAUUUUUUGUGUGUUGAAAGGCAUUGGUACACAAGUGUCCAAAAUAAAUUUAUUUUUUGAAAAUUCUUUUUUAUGGCUUCGCUAGACGCCGAAACUCAUUUUACCCGUGCAGAGAUAAUUUCAAGCAAAAUCGAAGGUUGAAUUUCGGUAAAUUGUAGAGCCGCGCUGUGUCAAAACGCCUGACUAUUUCCAAAUUUCAACAACAUCAACAAGUUAUGAUACAAUUCAGAUUCCCUGUUCCAAAAAAUAAGAGCAUUUGAAUAAAUUGUGAAUAAACGACAGCAACUUGACGGCACACCGGUUUUUGCUUCUUGUUCGGUCUACAAAAUUACACUAAAAUCGAAGCCUGAGAUCUCCAAAUGGGGACCUAAAAUUACGCUGAAAUGUGCUUGGCUGUAAUGAUUUAUACUUAUUUUCAGAAGAUCUGAAGAAAAACCUGCGGGUAUCAAUCUGUAUUUGGCGCGAGUUAAGAUUUUCUGGAGCCCAUAAUCAAUGAUUUUUGCAUAAUUUAUAGCUAAUUAACAUAUUUCUUGAGAGGCGCUAAAAGUAAACAAUUUCUUUCUGACUAACAUAACUCAGAUGAAAGAGACUACCACAGCUAGUAAUACCCUUUUUGUAAAUAUAGUCGUAAUGUUCUUUUCCUGACACGCUGAGAGAGCUUUGUUUUUGAAUGUUAUGCCACAUUUAUUCAGUCUGACCAGAUUCAUAAAUGUCACGAACUUGUAUAUUUCAAAAAUAUACCAGAAAUCAGAAUUCAGAAAGACCGAUUAUUCUUUCAUUGAUUCAGUUGAUUAAUUUAGUUGAUUGAUUUAAAAAACUAUAAGUAUAAUAGAACAUUCCACGUGUUUCCAUUGCCCCUAUAUAGGCCUAGAAUUGUUAUCAAUAUGUUCUAUUUUUCUGUGGCGACGGCAUAUUAACAAAAUACGACACAAAAAUGUACAUUCGAAUUUAUGACCGACAUAUCAGAAUGUUAUUUAUGAAGUUUGAAUUGAAUUUACUUAACGCGAAAUAAAUACUAAAAUAGGAAUUUUCUAUGCUGGGUUUAUAGUCCUGUUCGCAGGCUAGGUUUAUAGUAAAAGAAAAAGCAUAAUUUUAAUUGUAUGUAAUUUCGAUGAAUACUAAAAAAUUAUACGCAUUGUUUAUAUAAAUUAGCUAACAUUUUUAACAAAAAUAUCAAUUUUAUAAAUAAUCGAAUUUCAAUAUUUUUCUUUGAAAAAAAGUAUAUUCGUGAGCUCCAUAGCUGAGAAUAAAUUUCAAAAGUUUGUGAAUUAAAAUUCACCAGACACAAGUUUGAUAUUUUUGUUAAAUAACUGAUCAGAAUGCUUAUAGUUUAUUUUGUUACAUGGCUAAAACAAACGUCGCUACUAUCGUAAUAAAUGUGUAAAUGUUAGCUAAUUUAUAUAAACAAUGCGUAUAAUUUUUUUUAUAUAGUAUUCAUCGAAAUUACAUACAAUUAAAGUUAUGCUUUUUCUUUUACUAACCCAGCAUAGAAAAUUCCUAUUUUAGUAUUUAUUUCGCGUUAAGUAAAUUCAAUUCAAACUUCAUAAAUAACAUUCUGAUAUGUCGGUCAUAAAUUCGAAUGUACAUUUUUGUGUCGUAUUUUGUUAAUAUGCCGUCGCAACAUAUUGAUAAAAAUUCCAGGCCUAUAAAGGGACAAUGGAAACACAUGGAAUGUUCUAUUAUACUUAUAGUUUUUUAAAUCAAUCAACUGAAUCAAGGAAAGAAUAAUCGGUCUUUCUGAAUUCUGAUUUCUGGUACUGAUAUUUUUGAAAUAUACAAGUUCGCGACAUUUAUGAAUCUGGUCAGACUGAAUAAAGGUGGCAUAACAUUCAAAAACAAAGCUCUCUCAGCGUGUCAGGAAGAGAACAUUACGACUAUAUUUACAAAAAGGGUAUUACUAGCUGUGGUAGUCUCUUUCAUCUGAGAUAUGUUAGUCAGAAAGAAAUUGUUUAAUUUUAGCGCCUCUCAAGAAAUAUGCUAAUUAAUAGCUAUAAAUUAUGCAAAAAUCAUUGAUUAUGGGCUCCAGAAAAUCUUAACUCGCGCCAAAUACAGAUUGAUACCCGCAGGUUUUUCUUCAGAUCUUCUGAAAAUAAGUAUAAAUCAUUACAGUCAAGCACAUUUCAGCGUAAUUUUAGGUCCCCAUUUGGAGAUCUCAGGCUUCGAUUUUAGUGUAAUUUUGUAGACCGAACAAGAAGCAAAAACCGGUGUGCCGUCAAGUUGCUGUCGUUUAUUCACAAUUUAUUCAAAUGCUCUUAUUUUUUGGAACAGGGAACCUGAAUUGUAUCUUAACUUGCUGAUCUAGUUGAAAUUUGGAAAUAGUCAGGCGUUUUGGCACAGCGCGGCUCUACAAUUUACCGAAAUUCAAACUUCGAUUUUGCUUGUAAUUAGCUCUGCACGGGUAAAAUGAGUUUCGGCGUCUAGCGAAGCCAUAAAAAAGAAUAUUCAAAAAAAAAAAAUUAUUUUGGACACUUGUAUACCAAUGCCUUUCAACACACAAAAAAUAAAGGAAAUCUAUUUUCCGAAGUCAAAGUCAUCGGACCGCUCUUAGCGGGACUGCCACUUAAUGUAACUGAGCCGCUGAGGACAAGGUUCCUCACGCUAAGGACAAGGUUCCUCACGCUGAGGACAAGGUUACUCACGCUGUAGACAAGGUUCCUCACGCUAAGGAUACGGUUCCUCACGCUGUAGACAAGGUUCCUCACGCUGAGGACACGGUUCCUCACGCUGAGGACAGGGUUUCUCACGCUGAGGACAAAGUUUCUCACGCUGUAGACAAGGUUCCUCACGCUGAGGACACGGUUCCUCACGCUGAGGACAGGGUUCCUCACGCUGAGGACAAGGUUCCUCAAGCUGAGGACAAGGUUUUAUCACGCUGAGGACAAGGUUCCUCACGCUGAGAACAAGGUUCCUCACGAUGAGGACAAGGCUCCACACGCUGAGGACAAGGUUCCUCACGCUGAGGACAAGGUUUCUCACCCUGAGGACAAGGCUCCACACGCUGAGGACAAGGCUCCUCACGAUGAGGACAAGGCUCCACACGCUGAGGACAAGGUUCCUCACGCUGAGGACAAGGUUCCUAACGAUGAGGACAAGGUUCCUCACGAUGAGGACAAGACUCCACACGCUGAGGACAAGGUUCGUCAUGCUGAGGACAAGGUUCCUCACGCUGAAAACAAGGUUCCUCACGCUGAGGACAAGGUUCCUCACGCUGAAGACAAGGUUACUCACGCUGAGGACAAGGUUCCUCACGCUGACAACAAUGUUCCUCACGCUGAGGACAAGGUUCCUCACCUGAGGACAAGAUUCUUCACGCUGAGGACAAGGUUCCUCGCGCUCAGGACAUGUUUCCUCACGCUGAGGACACGGUUCCUCACGCUGAGGACAAGGUUCCUCACGCCGGGACAAGGUUCCCCACGCCGAGGAGAAGGUUCCUCACGCUAAGGACAAUGUUCCUCACGCUAGGACUAGGUUCCUCACGCUGAGCACAAGGAUCCACACGCUGAGGACUAGGUUCCUCACCCUGAGGACAAGGUUCCUAACGCUGAGGACAAGGUUCCUCACGCUGAGGACACGGUUCCUCACGCUGAGGACAAGGUACCUCACGUCGACGAGAAGGUUGCUCACGCUGAGACAAAGGUUCCACACGCUGAGGAGAAGGUUCCACACGCUAAGGACAAUGUUCCUCACGCUGACGACAAGGUUCCUCACGCUGAGGAAAAGGUUCCUCACGCUGAGGACAAGGUUCCUCACGAUGAGAACAAGGUAACUCACGUCGAGGAGAAGGUUUCUCACGCUGAGGCCAAGGUUCCGCACGCUAAGGACAAUGUUCCUCACGCUGAGGACAAGGUUCGUCACGCUGAGGACAAGGUUCCUCACGCUGAGGACAAGGUUCCUCACGGUAAGGACAAGGUUGCUCACGCUUAA